GCGCGCUGGCCUCGUGAACAAAUCGUCCCAGUGUCGCGAGUCCAGGAAAGGCUUUUUUCAUCGUCGGAAAAUAAAUCUAGUGCAUGUGGAAAUUUAGUCAUGAGUUAGCGGAAGAGCAAGUGCAGGUAGGGAUGACACUGAGAAAUAAUAAAACCUGAAAAAGGAGAACAUAUGGACAAUAACUCCUAAAACUCGUGCAGGAUAAAGUUGUCAGGAAUGAUAUGCGGAUAUGAAUGCGAUUUUCACUAUCAAGUCAAUAGAGCGAACGCAUAUGCGUAAAAUCAGCAUAAAACUGCAUAUAAAAGCCUUUUUUCUGGAGUGAGUCUGUUGCAUUGAGUUAACGAGUACUGGCAACUAUUUUGUCUCCAUUUUUUUGUGGCAAAAACGUGACUCAUUUUUUACUACUCCAGGGCAUAAUUACUGAUAUGAAAAUUAUAUGAAAAUAAACAACUAAUGGAAACGACAACCGAUGGCUUGAUAUAAAAUGAGAGCAGUCUGUAAUGUCAAUGCCAGAAACGUACGAGUUACUCCGCGAACGGUCUUAUCAAUCAGAAAUAAUGGAUUUGGGAGAUAAUAGCCAGGUAACUGCACCUGAAACCAAACGUCGAGGACAGGAAUACCUGGAGAUGAGCAAGAUGCAGCAGCAGGGUAUCACGCAUGUGCUUGAUGAAUUUUCCAACGUAUUCAAUGAAAUGCAGGGAACUUGUCUCGUCCUCGGGUGUAAAGCCGGGAGUCUACUGAAGGAUAAAAUCCUACCGAAAUUAGCGAAGGAUGCCGUUCUCGUUGGUGCCGAUGUAGCUGAUGAUAUCCUGGAGCAUGCGAAAAAGAAUUGCUCGGGGGAGAAGAGAAUAUCUUUUAAACUUAUCGAUAUUGGAGGGAUGAGAAUUCCUAACGAAGAUAUUGAGAAAUACGACAAUAUCAUAUCGUUUUAUUACUUGGAAACAUUUCAGAAUAUGUCACGAUUAGUCAGGCACAUGUCCAGAAUGCUCAAGCCAAGGGGCCAAGGACUUGUCAUGAUCCUCAGUCAUCACGACAUAUACGAUUUGCAUUUGACAUAUCGAGCUAAUCCCAAUUAUGGAACGUACAUGGAGGAUAUCUUCUUCCAACUGCCCGCAUUGUUCGGACUUCCCAAUGCUGCGCAAAUUGUGAGAGAUAAUAUAGAUAUGAAUGGAUUAAAAACCAUUGAUUGCAAGGUCAAAGAGCUGAGUAUUACAUACAGCAACACCAAAGACCUGGAAUAUUCCUUGAUGACGAUGGAUCCCUUCGUCCAUCGAAUGCCAGAUGAUGUCCAAGAAAAAUACAAAAAGGAAUUCAUCGAGGAGUACGUGGGAGAUAAAAUGAAAAAUGGAGAAAUUAUUGACACGUAUCGAGUGGUAAUAGCACAAUUCCAGAAAGCAUGAAAUUAUUCAACACUUUAUGAAUCUGUACGUCAUGAUUUAAUUUAAAUACGUAAUGAUAUUCAAUCUGUAUUUUGUACCGAUGAAAAAAUUAUUCCGUCUUAGUAUGAUUGCUUAUU